AUGGCUGCAAGCGAGAAAAGGUCGUUGUCGGCCGAGCGACAGAAGCACACGGUCGAGCAUAUUGACAGUACAAUCAAGGACGAGAAGCCUGUUGAGCAAGAUGAGAAACGCGACUGGACCGGCACCACGAGGAAGACUGAUCCAGAGGAAAUUAAGCUAGUGCGGAAGCUUGAUUACCGGAUUAUGCCGACUCUUUGUAUCAUGUACUUUCUCAACUAUGUCGACCGUAACGCGAUUGCACAGGCCAGGCUUAAUAAUUUGGAGGACGACUUGGGUAUGACAGGCACCGAAUUUAACACUACAGUUUCCAUUCUUUUCGUCGGCUACGUGUUGAUGCAGAUCCCUUCCAACAUGUUGAUCACCAGAAUUCAGCCCGGGAUAUACAUGAGCGCGUGGAUGCUAGUCUGGGCUGUAGUCUCCGGGUGCACCGCGUUAGUUCAGAACUAUGGAGGGCUUGUCGCUUGUAGAUUCUUCUUAGGAAUCACGGAGGCUCCAUUCUACCCUGGGGCCACCUACAUGCUCUCCAUCUUCUACACCCGCACGGAAGUUGCUGCUCGCAUUGCCGUGCUGUACUGCGCCCAAAUCCUCGCCACCGGUGUCUCCGGUCUGAUUGCUGCAGGAAUUUUCGCCGGCAUGGACGGGCUCCGAGGCAUCGCAGGCUGGCGAUGGCUUUUUAUCGUGGAGGGAGCAGCCACCGGCCUCGUCGCCCUGUUUGGCUUCUGGUUCUUGCCAAACACACCGCUCACCACGCGGUGGCUUAAGGAUGGCGAGCGCGAGCUGGCGCAUGCGCGUAUCGAAAGGGACAGGGUUUCAGACGCCUCGGACGUCAAGGCCUCGGCUAUGGACGGUUUGAAGCAGGCCUGCCGUGACAAGCGGACCUGGCUGUUCUGUCUCAUGCAAAACUUCCAUCUUUCUGCGUGCUCUUUCAACUCCUUCUUCCCUACUGUCGUCAAGACGCUCGGUUUCAAUACUACCGUCACUCUGGCGAUGACCUGCCCACCGUUCAUCUUUGCCGGCGCCGCUGGGAUCGCUUUCGGAUGGAGCUCUGGACGCUUUCAUGAAAGAACGUGGCAUAUCACUGGAGGCCUGACUAUCGCUAUCAUCGGGUUCGCACUUGCGGCCGCAACUUUAAACACGGCAGCCCGUUAUGUAGCAUGCUUCAUCUUCGCCAUGGGUGCUUACAGCGUCAAUUCAGUCAUUAUCGGCUGGGCGUCUUCAACACUUGCGCAGACAAAGGAGAAGAAGGCCGUUGUUCUUGCCAUGACAAAUGUGGGCGGUCAGAUUGGCUAUAUCUACGGCGCAUAUCUCUGGCCGAAGAGCGAUGAGCCACGCUACGCAAUCGGCUUCGGUGCCUCGGCCGGUUUUGCCUUGCUCUCGAUUCUGUGUGCCUGGUGGAUCCGCGUGUUGCUUGUGAGAGAGAACAGGAGGAUCCGCGCAUCUACGUCGGAGCAUGUCAACUUGUAUGGGUACUAG